GGACACGGUGAUUAUGGAGAAUUGUAUGAUGAGAAAGAGUUUUUUGAAGUAACAAAAAAAUCUGAUAAUGUGGUGUGCCACUUCUACAGAGAACAGUUUGUACGUUGCAAGAUAGUUGACAAGCAUUUCCAGAUUCUUGCCAGAAAUCACAUUGAAACAAAAUUCUGUAAAAUUAAUGCAGAGAAAGCACCUUUUCUAGCAGAGCGACUUAAAAUCCGAGUACUGCCAACUAUUUGUUUGAUAAAGGAAGGAAAAACAAAGGACUUCAUUAUAGGAUUUGCAGACCUAGGAAACUGUGAUGAUUUCACAACUGAAGUGAUGGAAUGGAGAAUAGCUCGUGCUGAUGUCAUUGAGUAUAGUGGAGAUCUGUUAUCCAUGCCAUCUUUCAAUAAGAAAGGAGGACAGCAUAUGGAUGUCCAGCGGAAAAAGACCAUUCGUGGAGGAAGGAGGGAUGAUGAUAGUGACAGUGACUCAGACUAUUAAAGUAACUCAAUAGUAAAUACUCACAUGGAGAAUUCCUGGUGUGACUAAGGAUUCCAGAGCUAUUGGCUGAUUUGUACAGGAACCCAUUGUUUUUAAACUUACACUAAAGGUAGAAACAUGACAUUCCUUCAUGAGCUUUAUCUCUGAGGUGUUUCUUAAUUGAGUUUAUUUGCAAGUCAUUAGCAGUUCCAUAUCAUUAACCUUUAUUAUAGUAUCAUGCUCUUCUCAUUUAAAUUUUAAUCCUAAAUAAUAAAAUUGUAAUAAGUAUGCAUCUGUUUCACCACUUCUUUACUGCUGAUAAAAUUUGAACUUGAAUUACUUAGUGUGGAGUACUCCGUAUAUGAAAGCGUAGGAUCUUGUUAGGAAAAGUACAAAUUUCUUUUUAAUUUGAUAUUUUUGUAACAGUCUUUAAACAUGAAAAGUUAAGUUAAUUAUAUCUUUAAGUUAAUUAUAUCUUUGUUUAACCAGACCACUGAGCUGAUUAACAGCUCUCGUAGGGGUUGGCCCGAAGGAUUAGAUAUUUUUACGUGGCUGGGAACAAUGGGACCUACAGCUUGUUGUGGGAUCCAAACCACAUAUUGAGAAAUGAAAUUUCUAAUCACCAGAAACAAAUUCCUCUUAUUCCAUGUUGGCAGAACAGGAAAUCGAACUUGGGACUACUGAAUUGAUAGGCGAGCACAUAAACCUCUUGUCCAACGAGGAACUCAUUAAAUAUGAAUGUGCAUAUGAAAAUAGAUAUUGUUUAUCAUUAGAUUAAAUUAUCUGUUGGAGAAUUUCUUUGUUAGAAAUUAGAGUUUAUCAUAAAUUACUUUUGUGAGACAGUAAGAAGUAAGUAGAAUAAAAUGAACAGUAUUGAGUUAAGUAGGGUGAAUUAAAUGAAUGGUAUGGUUUUGUCCCAGAAGCAGUAAGGAGCUGUUUUUAUAAGCUGCAAGGAUUGAAUCAAUGAAAAUUGUAUCCUCUUUGAAGGCCAAUGAUUAUACAAUAUUUGAUAAUAUAAGUACAGGCAGCCCACGGUUACCUUAGCCAUCGGUUGGCGGUGUUUCAGUUUACGGCACUUGUUAAAUAUAUUCAUAACUGGAUUUUACAUUCCUUAGGGUUUAUAGCGCCAUUGUCUGGUUAUCGGUUUCUUAGGCCAGGUGCUGAGACCGCCUCAUAAAACGCAAACAUAAAGAAUAUGCAUCUUUUCCUCUGUUCUUUUAAAAAGUUAUCCUUUAUUUCGCUUUACCUAUUAAUACUGUAUGUAGUCUUGUAUUACUAAUUGUGUUAUAAAAUACAAACAAGCCGAUCAUGUUUUGGUUUGGAAAAAUCAGCUGAGGGCGGAGUUAAGAUUAUUUCUCCGUAUUUAACUCAAUAAUUCAGAGCGAUUUUCCGGCUUCUAUUUAGCGUAAAUUAAUCUUUAGAAACUCUAUUCAUAUGUGACAAGGUUAUUUUUCUUUAUAUGAAGAGUUUUCAAGUUGAAAAUUGAUGUAAAUAAGUGAACUAGACUUGGUUAUGUUUUUCUUUAAUAGAUGGCGCUGUUGUCUGGUUAUCGGUACAUAUUUCGAUACUUGCCGAAGCACUAAGACACCCCCUCCUAAAAUACAAACAUAACGAAUAUCCAUCUAUUCCUUGGCUCUUUUAAAAAAAGUCAUGAUGUAGUCUCAUAUCACUACAUACAGUAGUAUUAUAAAAUACAAAUGUUUUGCUUUGGAAAAAUCAGCUGAGGGCAGAGGCAGGGUUAUUUCACCCUACUUAACUUGAAUUCUUGCUUCUAUUUAGGGUAAACGGGUUACUUUUUGUCAUAUGAAGUGCUUUUAAGUUGAAAUAUGACUGAAAUAUGUACGUCUUGUUAUGAACUCGAUUAGUAUUAUUUUUUUCGUUAAUAGAUGGUGUCGGGGAAUGUUAUUUUGUGUAAAAAACUGAUUACGUUCGUUAUUUUCAUCCUGUAUCAUAAUAAUACGAUAUUUAUGUAUUUAUGUUAGGGACGUGAAAACAACAGUAAAAUGCGUUCUUUCAUAGCUAGUAUUUUUUUUUUUAGAUACAUUUUCUCCGCUAUUAUUUGCAGUCAAGUUUCAUCGUGUUACUGAUGCUUGAUAAUUUACAGUCAUUAGCAGUGGGAGCAUUGUUUUCUCGGCUUCAGCUACAAAUGCAACUUAAAUUUAGCAGUAUGUACUCUAUACUAUAUUUCUGUGCCGGUAUUUUCUCUAUAGCGAAUAAAUGUAUAACAUAAAAAUAUAUCGGUCCUAUUCUACUUAAUUAACGUCAUUUGUAACAAAACUGCAGUAAUUUGUUACUAUCGUACGAUAGCUGAAAUGCAAGCAAAACGAUGUUAUCAGAUUCGGUUUGGUGGUUGUAGCAAAACAACUGUUAUUGUUCAGUUGGUUAUGGGUUCAGCGUUUAAGCAACGAUUAUAACAGUACUAAUAAUACUUUUAUCAUUAUCAUUUACUCUUUUAACUGAUUUAACUAGAAGAUAUGGUAAAUAAAGGGCUCUCUCUCUCUCUCUCUCUCUCUCUCUCUCUCUCUCUCUCUCUCUCUCUCUCUCUCUCUCUCUCUCUCUCUCUCUGCCAGGAUUUACCAACAAGCCCAUUGAGUCUGACAUUAAAAAUUUGUAGAACUACCAGGCAGACCUUUGUAAGUGAUUAAGCAAAUUAAAUUCAAUGUUUUCAUCGAGUUAUUACAUAUUAGGGCAAAAUAUCUGGCCGUGACACUAUCUAAGGCAUAGUAAACAAGUCUAGGACACCGUAAGGGGGAUUGUGACACCUGUAGACUUUUGAAUUUCAGUUAGAGGCUAAUUUUGCUUAGCGUUGGGGUUGGGCCCCCAGGAACGGAACCCCUGCGGUUAACCGGGGGCUGCCUGUACUCAAGUGACGUCAAAUAUAGCGGACACAAAAACAGUGGAUUUAUCCACAACCUCAGUGGUUAUGGAAUUGUCAUUAAAGUAUGCAGUUCUGUACUGCAAGUAACACUUGAUUGCAUCGCUUAUAAAAUACUGCCAGCUCCUUUACCUAUGUUAUUUUUUUCCAACAUUUUUAUAAGUAUGUGUACAUUCUUGUUUUUCUCUUAUAAUUUGAUUUUUAAAUUGAUAAAUGAUUGGCUACUUUAAACAGCCCUGUGUUAUGCUCCUAAACUUGUAUGAUUUGUUCUUGAAUAAGGGACAAAAGUAAAAGAAAGAAAAAGAUUUAACCAGAUGAUUGAAAGAGUAAAGAAGAUGGUUGAAAUUUUUAGGGUCAAAAACUUUCCAUUGUGAGGUCAACAGGAUGCUGCAAGUUCACUGCCAGCAGUCUCUAGCAUUAAAUCCUUUACAUAUUGUACCUUUAUGGAAUGUGAAACAGCAGAGCAUAUUCACUAAAUUAUAUUGUCCUUAGCUUUGUAAUCGCAUCCAUUUGUGUAAUUAUAACCUUUUCAAUACAAGCAAGAUUCUUUUUAAUGUUAAGAUAAGUCUUCAAAAAUAACUGCACAAUGUUUAUAUAUUUUUGGUGAUAUGUUUGUGCUGUUAAUAUUGGGCAGGAUAACUGUUUUGGCCAUUGAUUUUAAGAAAUAAUCCUAUACUGACUAAAAGAUAUGUUACGAUGAUAAUGCUUUUAUUUUAAGUUUAGUAGAAUACUUUUCAGUUUUAAGGAUGGCCAGUUUUACUUAGAUAUAUCUGUUCCAGUGUUUGUUUUAAGCUUGUUGCAAGUGAUCUUUUGUAUUAAGUAUAUGAUAUAGGAUUUAUCUUAAGCCUAUGUUCAAUGCAAAGCUUCAUAGAAGAAAUGCAAUUCCUUUGGUUAUUUUCAGACUCCAUUACUGUAUUGGAAAUAUGUGAAUUGGAUCUUGAUUUGCGAAUGGUAUUCAUCUAAAAAAAAAAAAAAAGUGUUUGAGCAAAGAUAUGCUUAGUCAAAGGUCAAAACUACAGCUUUGAAAUGUGCCUUAACAAAUGAUUAUAUGUUGAGCUUGAAGCCAACUCUCUUUUUAGCCUCAAAUUGCAAUAAGGGUUAUGUUGUUUUUAGAAUAAGCAGUGAUGGAGUGUUACAUGAGUCUCAACUAAAAUUACAGUAACUUUUGAGUUUUUUUAAAUAUGAAAAUUGAAGUACCCUUCUUUAUUGGAAUCAAGUUCACCUUAAUUCAAACAUCAAAUUAAAGACAAGGAUUCAAGAAACUAUUGUGCCUCUGCAAUAUAAACUGCUUAUUUUACUUGUGUUAUACUGCCUGGAAUUGAGUGAUACAAUCUGACAGUAAAAUAAUCAAAGAAUAGUGGAAAUGAUUCAUCUCUCAAGAGGGCUUCCCCUGCUCAUCAUGUCAGUAGUUGUCUACUAACUGCCUGGCUCUUUGUAAUGUGUAAGUGCAUUUGUUAGCUCCAACAUAUGAAACAUUUCUUUGAAUCAGAUCCUGUGUAAAUUUGGUGUAAUAUUUUUUCUUUUUUCAUUAUGAUAAAGAUUGGUUAAAAACAUGUUGGUAGAUACAAGCCUUCUGAAUAUUGCAAUAGUUCUUUGUUUUUGUUUAGUGUUUGCUUCAAAUACGUUGUAUCUGAAGCAAACAACCAACAAAAACAAGUAACUAUGGCAAUAUUCAGAAGGCUUAUUAUACUGCUUGAAGAUAUGCUAUAUUGAAGACUAUACAACAGUAGUAUCCAAAACCACCAACAUUCAUUCUUGAAAAGCUUGUUAAUGGACUGCACUUUUCAGGAACAAAUAUAUUCAAAGAUACAAAGAGAAAAUAUAAUCCCACAGGGAAGCGUCUUGAGUGGCACAUUGUUUUUCCUAACAGUAAACAGUAUCACAAAUCAGUUACCAAUCAGAAUUAGAAAUAGUACCUUAUUUUUGGAUGGCCAUAAUAAAGCACCUCAGUGGUGUGAUCGGUAAGGUCUUGGCCUGCCACCUUGGUGGCCGCGACUUCGAUUCUCGGGCAUUCUACUGAAGUGAGAGAGGUGUAUUUCUGGUGAUAGAAGUUCACUCUUGAUGUGGUAUGGAAGUCAAAAAGCCAUUGGUUCCGUUGCUGAAUAACCACUGGUUCCAUGCAACGUAAAAACCAUGCAAACCAAACCAAAAAUAUAUUCUGCACUGCCUGAAACCAGAGGAGAAAAAGUGCAAGAAUAAUCAACUAAUAAAUGAUUAAGCAGAUUUCCAUAGAAGAAAAUGUUUAUGAGUUUUAAGCCUAGGGGGUUGAUGGUGGAGAGGGACUGCUGUGUAUAAGAUUGUUUAUGUUUACAAAAUGAUAGUAAAAGAUUUGAAGAACCUUUCAUUGAAAAUUAUAUGUAAUGUACUGUGAAGAUUCCAAGGAAAAUAUCUGUCACAGUCUGAUUGCAAAAAAUGAAUACUAUCUGCAGAAUGUCGAGAAUACAUAGAGAAAAAUAUCAGUAACGUUUAAAUGUCCAGCUUUAAAUACUAGGUAUUACUUAGUAAGGGGGUAGUGCCAUCAAUGCAUCUCAUCUGGUGCAAUGUAGGCAUUACUUGAGGUUCUUUGCAGCAUCCCUUAGGCCCCUAGCUGCAACUACUUUCAUUGCUUUUACUGUACCCCUAUUCAUAUUCUCCUUCCAUCCUACUCUCCACCCUCUCCUAACAAUUGUUUCAUAGUGCAACUGCGAGGUUUUCCUCCUGUAACACCUUUCAAACCUUUUACUGUCAAAUUCCGUUUCAGCGCUGAAUGGCCUAGGAAUUACCAGUAGUUAUUGAGGUGGUUUGAUAUCUUUUCAAAGUCACUGCUUUAGCUUCUUUAUUCAGUCCAAAUUUUCAGUGAUAAUCUGCAAUUUUGUGUAUGAACAAAAACUGUAUUUUGAAAAAAUAAAAGUCAAAAGAUUAAAAAUGGAAGCUGCCAACUGUUUGCAUAACAGUCCUUUUCAGCCGAAAGGUUGAAAGCUUCUAUUUUUAGUUUUUAAUCUUUUAACUUGCAUUAUUCCAAAAUAUGGUGGUGAAUUUUCACAAUUAUGUGCAAUACCAGAAGAGCUGCAUGACACCUUCCACCUAAACAGUAAAGAAUUAAAAAUAAGAAAUUUUACUUGUAUUUAAAUGCAAACUUUACAAAUAAUGUUCAUGUCUUAAUGCAUGCAUACUUUUGCUGGAUGAAAUACCCCACCCCCCUCUAGUAACUGGGUUGCGCUCUGCAGCUGCUCUCUCCCCCACAGAAUGCAAGAAUAAUUAUGACAUCAUGAGAGAGGAAAACAAGAUUACACUGCUAAUGAUGAUUCUAGUCUUGGUUAACAAUGCUUAUUUUAGGUAGUAUUUUUGGGACACGUUUGAAAUUUUCUUUCCUGCCCAAAGCAGAUUAACCGUACAUGGUAAACAAAGAAAAUCCCUACUGAAGGUUAGUGCUGUACUGAAUUAGAAUUUUUACAAAGUAUCAGAAUAUAAAAUAUUGUAUAUUAUUUUUUACUGGCAAUGGAAGUGCUGGUCAAAUAUGGAGCAACUCCAUCUCCAGCCUCAUGUAUGAAAUUUUCAUUUUUUUUCUUAUGAAAUAUACAUAAUUAAUCAUA